GCGUUAUUUGCUGAAAUGGGGCCAUUGUGAUGUCACUGGAGUCACUUGAUAUAUAUACAAUAAAUCCCAGUGUUCAGUCCAGUCAAUUUUCAGUUACCGAGCUAUAUUUCUGUAUCAUCUCUAUCUGUAUCUGGUUGUGAGGAUGUCUCUACCAGACUACCCUGCCCCAGAGCUGGAGGUCACUCUGAAGGAGGCCAGCCGUGUGCUUCAGCUCACUCUGAGUCCAGAGCGAUACCCCCAGUACAUAAACGCCCUACAGUGUGAAGAGGAGGCUCUGCAAGAGGCCCAUCAGCGAAUAUCUGCUGCCAUCAAAGGCUGCGAGAACUGGGCCACGGCACAGUUCAAGAGCUACAUUCUGUCUUGCCGCGACUCUUUGCCCUCUUCCAGGUCCAUCCCCAUGAUCCUGCCUCCCAUGGAGGCCGCCGAGCGAGACGGCGUGCAGCUGGAGCGGACGGCCACCCUGCUCUGGGCUGCGGCCAGGCUGCACAGCGAGCCUUGGCAGGUGGAGAGAGACGAGCCAACUGAACGAACCCAGCAGUCAGAAGUAUUCGCUGCCACCCGCAUACCUGGAAAGAGUCAGGAUCACAUUCAGGUGUAUCCCGAGAGCCUCCACGCCAUCCUGCUUUGUACAGGAGGAAUUUUCCCCAUUCAAAUCCUGCACCAGUCACACCCAGGGGAACCGAUGUCACCACUGUCUGUGAAUGACAUCUACACCCAGCUAGCGGAGGCAGCACGCCAGCCGGGGGCGGCCAGGGGGCUAGAGCCUUCGCCAUUCUGUAGCCUGUCAGCCCUGCCCCGACAUGAGUGGUGUGCCGCGCGGGAGAAGAUCCAGAUGGGAGGUGAAGCUAUGGCGGCAUCGCUUGGGCUGAUGGAGAGCGCAGUGCUGGCUGUCGCCCUUGAGGACUGCUGUGCACCAGCCAAACUGGCCGAGACCCUCAAUGUCGUGAGGCUGGGCAGAGGGGACGGCCACUGCCUCAGAUAUUACGAUAAGGUGGUGAAUUUGGUGGUGUUCCAGGACGGUGUCGCUGGCAUGCUGUUUGAGCACAGUGCUCUGGAUGGAAUGGUGGCUGGACUCAUCACUUAUAGUGUUUGGUGUGUUUCCGAAUCACUGACCAUAGACCCCAACUCACCACUGUCAAGGACUAUUGGAUCACCCAACCCUAGAACCCUAUUUGCUGCAAAGCCACUCAAUGUUGACGUCACCAACCUUCUCCAUUCAUCCCCGAGUCCUUCCCCUAAAGACACUAAUGUGAUUGUCACAUUCGAAAUUCCAUCUUACCCAGACUUCCUUGCCACUCUUCGAAGUCAGAGGGCCCUAUUUGAUGCGUGGGUCAACUUCUCCUUGCAGCUGGCUCUCAGGCAAACUGUAGGAGACUCAGCCAUGAGCUACAUCUUUGUCACGCCUACCCACAUGCGUCACUACAAACAUGGCCGCUGUGAUCCAACUUAUCCCGUCACCACACAGUCCAGGCAUCUAGUUGGAACUCUGAUGUCCUGUAUGGGCACAAGCCAAUCUGCCCCAUAUACGAAGGCACUUCUUCGCCUUUUUCAUGUAGCUUUUCAGGAGCACAAACGUCUGAUUAAGGUCACCAAGAAGGGCCAGAGUGUAGGGCCACAUUUAGCUGCCUUGCACAGGGCCUUGUCCCCUGGAAACCCUCUUAGAAAGUUCCUGGAUCUUUUCGUCGGUCCAUCUGUUUACGUCACGGGAAAAGAUAUCACAGAGGGGUUGAAUGGUGCAGUGGGAAAUGUAUAUGCCUCUGACCAGCUAGCUCUGACGUACCUUGGGAAGAAGGACAGCAUCUGUCUGGCCAUCAACGCUAAAGGCAGCUUUGCCAACAUCCUAAGUCAGCUUCAGGAGAAUUUACAGGAAGACCUCAAGGUGAUGAAGUUUCUGGCCCUUAGAUAUGCCAUUGCUGGACAGAUGGAAGCCAUUGAUUGCUUGCUGGAGCAAGAGGAGGUAGAAGGACUGGGUGGAACUGAUUGCGGUGGCUUACAAGUGCAGUUUAGUCAUCAGGGGUCAGGCCAAGCUGACCAGAAGGGGGUCCCCCCCGAUGCUAUGCUGAAUUCUGAUUUCACUUUGAUCAUCCAUGGUGGAGCAAUGGAGGAGAUGCAAAUGGAUGAGAAUAUUGUGGGCAUGAUUCAAUUUUCUCUGCAGGCAGCUUUAGUCCUCGGGACACAAGAGCUCGCAGGAGGGGGACGCAGUCUCAACGCAGUUCAGAAAUGUGUGGCUGCACUGGAAAACUGCUUCUUGUUUAAUGCUGGUAAGGGCUCCGUGUCGAACAGAGGAGGGAGGCAUGAAAUGGAAGCGACCAUAGUGGACGGCACUGGUUUGAAAUCCGGGUCGGUGGCUUGUGUGCACGGUGUGAAGAACCCAGUAAAGGCUGCACGGAAAGUCAUGGAGAACAGUCCACAUGCGUUACUCGCCGGACAGGGUGUGGUGGAUUUUCUGAGCGAGUUCGGAGAAAGCGAUGAACUUGCAGGGGUUGAGUACUUCCAGAGCAGUAUAUGGAAGGAGCUUUCAGCACAGAGCGUUGGUGGCAAUGCUUGGCCACAAAGUGUGGGAGCUGUCGCUCUGGAUUGCUGGGGAAAUCUGGCCGCUGCGGCUUCCACAGGUGGGACGAUUGGCGAACGGAAAGGUCGAGUAGGGCACACGGCGGUGGUGGGGGCAGGGGUUCAUGCGGACGGCACGUUAGCCGUGGUUUGCUCUGGCAACGGAGAUCUGUUACUGAGCCGUAUGGUGGCUCAUAAAGUGGCCAGUCUCUAUCAUGACAUGGACUUCAGCUUGCAGGAGGCUUGUCAGAGGGUCAUAUCUGAAGACCUGAGAGGAAACUGCAGCGGAGUAAUUGCUGUUAAUAACAAGGGAGACAUUGUUAUCAAAAACAACGCUGGGGUGAUGUUCAUUGGAUCAAUGAUUGGAGGUGAAGAACAUGUCGAGGUGCUAAAACCCAUCGCGUGAGGUUGAGAAGUGGGUUACACUCGGAUGCAGAAACAAUGAGUCGGUCAAACCUGUUGCUGCAUAACAAGCAACAAUGUAAUGAAAUGUAAAUCUACCCAGUUUUGAGUAUUUCAAGGUACAUUGAUCCUUUAACUGCAUAAUAACUGUACUAUACAUGAAGUGAGUAUAUGAGUGCAUGUUAUAAGUAUUUUUUUUCUUUUCUGUGCUUUUAGUCUCAAAUGCCAAAUAUUAAAUAUUAUAGACUGACUAGAAUAUUGUUGUCUUUGGGUAAAACAGCAUUAAAUGUUUUGUCAAAAUGCCAUUAA